UACGAUUAUAAGUAUUAAAAAAGCACAAUGAACGAUUUUCCGAAUAAAGUAGCAAAACUUUGUAUUGAAAAAUAUAAUGGAUUAAAAAAAAGUGGAAAACCAACAGAUAACGAAUGGACGAUAUUGUCAGGAAUCCUUUUGAAAACAGAAUGUGAAUCUUUGUCUGUAGUAUCACUUGCUACAGGUACAAAGUGUUUAGGAGAGUCUGAAUUGGUUAAAACUGCUCCGCACGAAAGAGGUUCUAGAUUGAGUGAUUCUCAUGCAGAAAUACUCGCAAGACGUGCCUUUUUACGUUAUUUGUACGAUCAAAUAGAUAUUGUAUUAAAUGGUUUUAAAAGUAAUAUUUUAUUCCUGAACAAAGAGAAUAAAUUAGAAAUGUAUCCUAGCAUAUCAUUUCAUUUUUUCUCCAGUCAAAGUCCUUGUGGAGAUUGUUCUAUAUUUCCUAAGAAUGACAUAAAUGAGGAAGAAUGUCCUACAAAAAUUAGAAAGAUAAUGCAUGAUGAUAAAGAAAAGAUGACAUUAGAAUUAUCUGUUAGUGAAACAAAUACAGACAUACACAGAACAGGAGCAAAAUGCUUAAAAACUGAACAACAUCAAGAUCCCAAGUUACCGGGAGCUAAUUAUCAUAUAACUGGUCCAUUACGAACAAAACCUGGUAGAGGAAAUCCCACAUUAAGUUUAUCGUGUUCAGAUAAAAUGGCAAAAUGGAAUAUUAUUGGAAUACAAGGUUCACUUUUAUCAUUGUUAAUUUCAAGAAUAAAAUUGGAAAGUAUUACUAUUGGUAGGGGCUGCCCUUUCUCACUAGAAGCCAUGGAACGUGGUUUAUCUAAAAGAUUUAAUAAUAAAUUACAUAUUCCUAAAAUCUUUCAAGCAGACAUUGCUUUUGCUCAGAGAAAAGAAGGAAAAAGAAUAAAUCCAUGUCCAUCAAGUAUCAUAUGGUGUGCUGUGAGAAACAGUGAUUUAGAAAUAGCGGUACAAGGCAGAAAGCAAGGAGUAACUAAAAAGAAGAAGGGCCAUAACUUACUUAUUAGUAGACGUGCUCUUCUAGAAACAUGUUUAAAAAUUUGUGAUAAUUAUAAAAAUAUUAAAACGGAUAUAUUCCAUCCAAAGAAAAUUACAUAUUAUGAUUGCAAGCAAUUUUCUGUUCAAUAUCAAAAUACUUGGAACCAAUUGAAGAGAGAAUUGUUUAUUUCUUGGCCAGAUAAACCAUUGUACUUGCAAGAUUUUAUAUUGUAAAAAUAACGUAUAAUAUGUUGAAAAUAUAUAUGUAGGUAAUGAAUAU